AUGGAAGAUCUUCCAAACGAAAUACUACUGCGGAUUUUCAGCUACUUGAGUGCUGGUGAUUUACUGAGUUGCAUUAACGUCAGUCGUUCUUGGGAAUACAUUGCUUCAGACGGAUUUCUUUGGCAGACGAAGCUUUGUCACCUUUUUGGCAACCGGUGGUUUGUAGUAGGUUGUGAGGAGAAACCAAAGGAGGUUCCAGAUUUUUCCGACCUGAAUGUAAUUCAUCCCUCUCAAAUCUACGUAUUUUUGUCCAAGUAUGUCCCUGUGCAUAUGCUGGAUGAUCAUCAAACACGGACAAUGCACUCAAUGGAAAACAUACUGCCAGAGACUGGAGCAUUGCAAUCAGCAAGGCAGUCACUGAAAGAAGCCAUAUCCAAAUGGUGGAAUCGGUUCAUCUGCAGACUAUCCAUUAACAUAUCACGACAACAAAAUCGUAAUACAGGAUCUCUAUAUCGGUUUGCCGUAUUCGGUCCGGGAUUCGACCAACGGGCGACCAACAGACUUUUUAGCAAACUAGUGGAUACAAGGACAAAAUCUUUCGAACCGGUAAACAUGAUUCCUGGACGUAUGGGCUUUGGAGCUGGUCUGACAUUACGACUAUAUGCGCAAGCCCAGUUGGCUGCCUACGAUUCUUCGAUUCAAACCCAGUCAGCCUCAAAGAAAAGCACGGGUGACAACAGUGGAACUAGCUGUUACAAAACCAGUCCAAGACUUGGUCACCGCAUGAGUACCCGUAAGGUCCUGACACUUCCUGAAACAAGCAGUCAGACUGUAUCCACCAAUGCAAAUACCCACAGUGGCUCGGAUACUCUCGCGCACCUUCAUGAAGACUUUGUGUUUGAUUUGCACUACAUCUACUCACUUAGAGGACAUUUGAGUCAACGAUUUAAAACCCAGUUAGAACGGAUCCUGUCCAGCAGGAUAUUUCGACAUCCCAGUUCGGACGACCCAAUGAGUGACAUGGAAGCACUUGAAUCAUUAAGUGUCACGGAUAACAUGUCAAAUAUUCUGCGUACACUGAACGGAAUAAUCUAUGCUCUUGAUGCUCGCGAUGAUAUGAAGGAAAGCGCAUGUUUAUACAAUGAAUUGCGAGCCGUACUCCGGGGACUACCGGAAGAAAUCGCCAAACGAAUACCUUUAUUCAUUCUGUACAUCAUGCCUAAAGAGGAUAUAAGCUUCAAACCAUUUGCACCCCAGGUUCGGAAAAACUCGCUUUCCAACUUGAACAAUGUUGAACUGCCAAAUCGGGAUAGUUACAGUGGUGCCAACUAUACUGUUUCAUGGAGGGGUUCUUUGUUACUACCUAUCUCAGGACUCCGACUGUUUGAACUGGAGAAUCCGUGGCGGCUGCAGAAAUGUGCCAGCAAUGAUAUUAAAGCGGUUAUUCAAGGGAUUAUGUGGCUACGAGAAAGAGCACCACCACUAUUAUCAGUAUCAACAUCAUUUGCUUUGACUAACUGA